AUGCGCUGGCACGAGAGGGCGGUCCUGGCGUUUGUCCGCAGUGGGAUCUGGGCAAUCGUCGCGCCCGACGGCCAUCGGCACGUAGAGAGCGCCCAUUGCCGUGCAGGGUUGUUCGACCCGGCCGUGGAGCGGCCCGCUCGCCUCCGAGGGAGAUUCUGCAGGUCUAAAGAGGGGCUGUCGAAUUCUGACUCGGUGGAUCAGAUCAAGAUGGCGGAGGGCGAGGCCUAUGCACGAACCCGCAAGGUGCGCGACCCCACGUCGGGCGUUGUCUUGUGGGGCGGCGCUCGUGUGGAGUACGUGACGGCCAUGGAUUCGGAGGGUGCGAAGCUCGUGCCUCUUGUCGGUGGCCCCGUGGCCGCACCGAGCGCCGAUGCGGGCCGAGUGCUCAGGAUGCUGGAGGUGGACGAGACCCGGCUCAGUGUCGACCCGUUCCACCCGGACUUUGGGGAUCAGCGGGGCCCGCUGCCCUCGGCCCCAGCAGCUGGGCUGCGCGCCUUGGCCGCGGACGCCAGCGGGCGGCCCGUCGCGGUGCAGAGGGCGAUGGACUUCGAGGUGGGCUGCGCCCCCGAGGCAGCCGGCAGCUGCACGGGCGACGGGGAGGCUGCUGGCCGAGCUGUGCGCAAGGAUAAUGGCCUGGAGGCCCGUCUCCGACAGUCUCUGGACGGGGGCGCGGCCACUCCCGUGUCCUGCGAAGACUCCCAGACCCUCUCCGUGAAUUUCGAUGAGCGCGGCGAGCGGUUGAAGGCUUUGCGCGACGCGUGCGCAGAGGUGUCCUACAACCACAACGCCGACUGGGAGCGCAUCGGGCGCACGGGUACUGAGAUGGAGAUGCCGGCGGACAUCCUGAGCUUGAGCGGGGCCUACGACCAAGUAAACGGCCCGUCCCUGGCGCGCAUCGAGGCGGCGAGUCGCCGCGUGCGCCGGGCGAUGAAG